AUGGACAAAAGUACUUACAUCAUGAAUAUGACUACAAUUCUGAGUGACACUGAUACUUAUAGUUGCGUUAAGAAAGAUCCAGUUAGAACUCUUACAACUACAUUCAGAACACUGCUCACCAAAUGGAAAAAGAAAGGAUAUAUCGACGAUUUGACUUAUAAAAAAUUGUAUUGUAGUGAUGGGAGAUUGUCGAGAGAGUAUGGAGUUCCAAAGAUACACAAACCUCAAGUACCGCUUAGAAUUAUAGUGUCGUCUGUUGGUAGCCCACUGCAUGCAUUAGCUACAUUUUUACAUAAAAUAUUAUUCGAAUCAAUUCCAAGGACCGAGAGUUACUUAAAAAAUAGUUUUCAACUCAUUGACGUAUUGAAAAAUGUUCAUAUUGAUAAUAAUUAUUCUUUAGUUUCAUUAGAUGUUGUGUCUCUCUUUACGAAUGUUCCUUUGGAUAUUGCACUUGACUGCAUAAAUGAAUGGUGGAGUUCAAUUUCUCGCCGGUGUUCUCUACCAAGGGAAGAAUUUCUAAGCGCUACACAGAUGAUCCUGGAAUCUACAUUUUUUGUUUUUAAUAAUAAGACAUAUAGACAAUGUUUUGGUAUUCCUAUGGGCUCUCCGUUGUCUCCGAUUAUCGCCGAUUUAGUGAUGAGAAAACUGGAGACAUGGGCGUUAUCAUCGAUUAAGAAUAGUCCUAAGUUUUAUUAUAGAUAUGUUGAUGAUGUAUGCAUGGCGGUUGUCCCUUCGGACAUAGACAUGAUAUUGGACAAGUUUAACGAAUUUCAUCCACGUCUUCAAUUCAGUGUAGAAAAGGGCGGACAUCUAACACCGGUUUUAACUAAAAUGGUUUUUACUAAAACGGUUUUAUCAGUGCGUGUAAACGUAGUCAUGAAUUCAAGAUUCCAUCACGGUAAUGUCAUGAUGGAAUUAGAAUUCUACCGUAGCUUAGGUAUUUUCAUAUUAACCCAACUUAGGGGCUCAGUUCCCAGACAGCACAGGACAUCCACUGAACAUUCAGACUUGGUUUCAAUCUAA